AUGCCUCAACUAAACCCAAACCCUUGAUUUUUUAUCAUGCUCACUUCAUGACUGACUUUUUCCCUAAUCAUUCAACCCAAGCUACUGACAUUCAUCACCAUAAACCCACCAUCCAGCAAGGCACCCACAACACCCAAAACCACCCCCUGAACCUGACCAUGAACCUAA